UUCACUAAUCACACUCUUUGCGAGAGAAUUUUGAUACACCUUUCUUCUCCAUCAUACUCUUCACGUUUCAUUCUUUUUCUCAAUAGUUGAACUCUCUGGUGAGUGUGAAUGUUCUCCGCAUUUCUCACUUCAACACAAUCACCAACUUCACAAACCGCACAGAUUCAUCAUCUUCUUCUUCUUCUUCACAUUGUUCUUAGAUGCGUGCCCCUAUUUCUAGAAAACUAUGCACUCUCAGCUCCAAUAUUCUUUCACAUUUACAAAACAAUGCAAAGAAAAACCUUUCAUCUAUCAAAAUUUCACCUCAUUAUGAAGAAACCCAUCACCAUUUUCAUUCUGACCUGAACCUAUCAACCCUCAAACACAAUCAUGUUCCACCCCCAGAUGAAGAGGAGGAUUUGUCUGGCUCUGAUUUUCAGCUUUCUGGCAUAUUGACCUCCUCUUCGGCAGAGAAGGUUGACUGUGAGGGAGUUGAUGAUGAAGAAAAGGAGAAAAGGGUUGUGGAGAUACCGCUGAUACGGGACAUUCAUCAUUGUGAUUUAUCAAAGAAACGGAAUGAAUCGUCUCGUGAGAGGAAACACAAAUGGAUUUUCAAAGACACUGGUGGUGAACGAUCUGACCGGUUACUCAAAAUAUGUGCAAAAAAACUAGGAACGACUACUACUGUUGAUGUGUUUGGCUACUUGGGCCGAGAAACUGGUGUGAAAGAGUAUAAUGGAUUGAUCAAGUUGUGCAUAAAGAAGGUCAGGGAGACUAAUGAUGAAAACGUCUGUAUAGAAGAAAUGAAUAAGAUUUACAACCUUUUAAAAUUAAUGAGGGAAUGUGGGUUUCAGAUAGAAGAGCAAACAUAUCGUCCACUUUUUGAGUAUAUAAUUGACAUGGGCUUUGUUCAAGAAUUUGAACUUUUCUAUGAUGUUAUCAAAGCCGGUAAUCCCAGUUCAAUUUCACGAUUGGGUUACUAUGAAAUGUUGCUGUGGAUGAGGGUUAACAAUGAAGAAAUGAUCCGGGAUAUUUGCGAAUACAUUACUGUGGAAGAGAGUAAAGACACUUCUGCUUUACGAGAAAGUUACUUAUUGGCUCUCUGUGAAAGUGACCGCAAGACACAGAUUUUGGACGUGUUGAAAAAUAUAGACAUAACAAAGCUUAAAUCUGCAAAAUCUAUAUCAAAUAUAUUCCAAUCAUUGGGAAGGCUACUGCUGGAAUCAGAAGCGGAGAGUUUACUUUUGGAUUUGAGAGCAUGUGAUUACGGUGCAGAUAAAAUUUCAAACUUCAUUGCUAGUUAUGCAGUUAGCAUUCCAAAUUUAGAGGUUGAGGAUAUGGUCUUAAAAAUCGAGAAUUUGCAUGAUGUGUUGGAAGUUUUGCUAUCAUCAUCGGCGUAUGAAAAGCUCAUUCUGUAUUGCUGUGGUAUGCACAAGGUGGAUGUAGCUCUUGAUAUUGUUGAUAAAAUGUGUCAAGCAGGCUUUGAGCUGUCUACUCAUGUGUUACAAUCCAUAUUACAGAUUUGCGAGGAAGCUUAUGAUUAUAUUUUGGUCCAUCGAAUCUGUUCCAUCAUAAGGUGCCAUCAUCACUAUUUGCAAUUAAAUGGCGACAUAUGCAGGUGUUUGGUGCACUUCUGUGUAAGGUUAAAAGAUUUUGAACGUGCAUACAAGAUGGUUAAUGAAUUGCAUGAAUUGGGUUUCAAACCUACGACAGCCAUGUACAAUGCCAUAAUGGCAGGAUAUUUUCGUGAGAAAAACAUCAGUGGUGCCUUAAGGGUCCUCAAACACAUGCAAGAGGCCAAUGUAAAGCCUGAUUCACAGACUUUCAGCUAUUUGAUUGGCAAUUGUGAAACAAAAGAUGAUAUAAAUAUGUAUCGUGAUGAAAUGACGAAAUCUGAAAUCAAACUUACAAAACAAAUUUAUAUGGCCCUUGUUAAUGCAUAUGCAGCUUGUGGCGAAUUCGAGGAGGCAAAAAAGGUAGUUGAUGAUCAAAGCACAUCGAAGAGCUUGAAUGAAAUCAAGAGUGUCCUUGUCUCAGCUCUUGCAUCUCAUGGGCGAUUGUCUGAGGCACUUGUUAUCUAUAAGGAGAUCAAGAAAGCUGGUCACAACUUGGAGCCAAAAGCUGUUAUAAGUCUCAUUGAUGCGAUGCGUUAUCGAAGUGGAGAGUUGGACAGGUUGCUUCUUCUACUCAUGGAUUUAAGUGAUCAAAACUACUGGGUUGACGGUUGUUUCAGGGUUAUUCAGUACUGUGUUCAGAACAAUCAUUUAAGUACCACUGUUGACCUGUUGAAGCAACUCAAGGAUACUUUCGAAAGUGAUGAAACAAUGACAGAAGUUCUUUUCGAUGCAGCGUAUUCUCUAAUUGCGGGAUGCGAGUCCACACGUUUGCAGUUUGGCCUGGAUUUGCUUUGGGCAAUCAAGGAUGAGCUUGGCCUUGUUCCGUCAAGGCAGUGUCUUGAUUUUCUCCUAAGAGCUUGUGCCAUUUCAGGAGAUUUGAAUAAUGCUCGUUUGAUUUGGAGAGAAUAUGAGGUUGCUGGAUUUCCUUACAAUGUAUUAAGUUAUUUGAGGAUGUAUCAAGCACUUUUGGCAUCAGGAGAUCACAGAUCUGCUGACUUUAUACUCAAGAAAAUUCCAAGAGAUGACGCUGAUGUUUGUUCUAUCAUCUUAGAAUGUCAAAAAACUUACGGCGAUAAUGUUAAAUCAGGUGAAAAUGUUAAAUCAGUAGAAGGGGAUAAGAAGAAAAAGAGUCCUAAAUCUGUAGGAGAGGACAAGAAGAAGAAAGAGAAGAAGAAAAAGAAAAAGAAAAAGAAAGAAACAGGAAAGAAAGAAAAUAGUAAGGUUUGAGUAGAAGUUCAAUUGGUGGUAGGGUAGAGAUAUUUAUCCCACAAAUUUUUAAUUGGCUUAAGAAAUGCUUUACAAAGGGUGAUGCAUUUCACAUUCUGUACAAAUUUUAGUUACUAGUGUGGUGGCACUCGAUGCUACCCCUAUUUUUUUGUUAUUUUGUGACUACUAGCUUGACAUAGUUUAUAAUUUAACACUCAAGAUUCCGUGCUAUUACACGGAUAUGUAGGGGAAAAAAAGAAAAGAAAAGGACCGAAAAUAGAGUAGUAAAAUUCUAUCAUGUGAUCUUGAGAGAUGUUAAGUUUAGUGGAAGGUGUUAGACUUUUACGUCGUCACAAACUAACAUUCGAAUCUCGAAUGUGAUAGGUAUCCACAUUUUAGUGAUUAAUGUGCCUAGAUUAGGAUUAACUCAAGCGGAUAAAACAUAUGGAAAAAAAAUUCCUAUCA